AUAGGGGCAACGCAGAGAGAGACACGAGUUGAUAUGUGAUUUUUCAUGAGCGUGGCGUUCAAAUGAUUUUGUCUUUUUUGGAUGCUUUUGGUGGUUUUUAUCCUGGAGCGUGGCCUGGAGUAAAUCUCCAAAACUUAAAAUUACAGGGAUUUUUUAGGAACGUUUUUGCAGCUGGAUGAUAAAGAUUUUAAAGCACAGAACUUUUUUUCGAUGAAUUAGAGGAACCAAGACAGUUUCUUAGGUGAGACACCUACAAAAAUCCUGUCUCUUGGGAGCUGAAUCACUUAAAUUCGACGAAGUGACAAUGCCUGUGAUUGUGCUAGAGGCCAGAGACUUUGCCAGUCCUCUCUUUCUGGUGCGGACAUGGGCUCUCUUAUCUGGCUGUCUCACUUUCAGCCUCGUGGCAUCCCUGGAAGCCUCGGAAUUAAAUGGAACGCCGUCUGGACUUCACCAGAUGACCACCUUCAGGAUUUCCUGCAUGUUUACGUGGUGUUUCUUCUUCAUCUUUACCCUCCUCAUCCAUGUUCUCAACAUCAUCCAGUUUCACAGCCUCAUCCCCAUAUCCUGGAAGAACCUGACCGUGACAGUGGCAGUCUUAGGUGCGCUGAUGUGCCUCAGUGCUUCUGUGGUUUUCCCUUGGAUUGUCAUGGAUCAUGACCGGGCCUCGCCACAUGCUGUGGUGGCUGCAGUGGCUUCCUGCCUCACCUCCCUGGCUUACACCUCUGAAUCGUACGUGAUUCGCAGCCAGGCUCAAGAGCAAAGGGGCUACAUGGCCAGCAUGCCUGGCCUCCUCAAGAUACUCCAAUUCUGGGGAGGCUGUCAGAUGAUACCUCUGCUUGUGGAGGCGGUCCAUGGGUUCUCAUCAACAGAAAAUGGAAGGUCUGCCAGUGGAGUGGAGGGCUGGCAACUGUGGGUAUCAGGGAUGUCAUAUUGUCUCUGUGUCCUCAUGUCCCUUGUUACUGUGGUGGUCAUACUGGGUGACUGUACUGGACGAUGUCUCAUACCUUUUGACAGAAUUUUGGCCACCUUCAGUCUGUCUGGGGUGUUGCUCUACAUGGUUGCCACAGUGAUUUGUUUUACCAAGGUAACGCGGCUCAGACAUAACUCCACAAACGCUGAUCCAGAGCUGGUUGUCCUGGAAACAGUGGUUGCCAGCAUAACACUUUUAGCUUAUACAGUGGACCUUGCCUGCUCUAUUAAGCUACUGUGUGACAGGAGCCACGCAUGAGCUAGCACAACAAGUUGAUGGCAUGUGAGGUUCAAACUCAUCAUAUGCAGUCCUGAAAUGUUAAUAGGAAAAACAUGUCUUGUAUGCCAAGUAUGUAAACGUGUGAUUUGAAUAGAUGUUUUGGUAGAAAUCACUCAUGUGUAGACAAACUCAAGUAGACAUGCUUGCCUUAGCUGUGAAAUGCUGACACAAUCUAUGAGGACCAAACAGAUUUGUCCAUGCUAAACUAAUAGUAAUGUAAAGUGUUAAAUUGAUCAUGCUGAUUAUGGCAUAUUGCGCUUAUGGUAACUGGUGUUCCACAAGAGGGAUUUGUUAUGAUAAUUGUAAAAGUGCCACAAGUGACAUUUAUGGUGCAGUACAUCAUAUUAUGGCAUAUAACCACCAGACCUUUAGGGGGUGACUGUAUUGAACCAUAAGAAACAGCAGCCUGUGUAGCUAUAAGCAAAUAUCACAACAAUAUGGUUCAUAUUCAUAAGUAUUAAUUGAUGAUGUUAAGAAUGUCAAACUCUUUGAUGUACUUCAUAGUUGAAAGCUGAGGUGCGAAAUAAUGAAGAAAAAAUGUUUUAGUGCUAUCACAACAAAUUCCUAAUCACUUUGAGUCUAAUUUUACAUGUUUCAUACACUUCAAAUACUGCCAGUGGAGGCGAGCACACUGAGUCAUUAUGACCAAAAAAAAAAAAAAAAAAUCAUGGAGAGUAACAGUUACCAUUCAUUUACACUAGAUGGCAACGCUUUUAUUACCAUGCAACUUUAUUCACGUCACAGGACUGGACUUCAAAUGCAGAGUAUAAUGAAUGUUUUGUACAGCUGAAAACACACUUGGUCUUAUGAUCAGUGGUUUAUUGUAGAUACCGUUUUUGAAUAAAGACAACCU